AGCUUUAGCUUCAGUGUAAAUGUUUACCGUGCUGUUUAGAUGGGCUGUUUGUGAUGGAUGUGAUUUAAAGGUAAACUGAGAGAAAGUGCCUCCUCCUCCUCCUCCUCCUCCUCCUCCUCUUGCUGCUACUCCUGCUCUGGCUUUAUUUGCUCCAUAUGGUGUUUGACAUGGUACCCGGGAAGAAAAAAAAAAAACUCUGUGGGCGGAGGAAAAGCCUAGUAUUUUGUCCGUCCUGAAAUUUGAUUCAGAAGUUCAGGAUCCUGGAAGACAAAAAGCAAACGGAGGGGGAGGGAAGAAAGGCAGAGAAGGACGGAGAGGGUUUUUUUUUUAAACUGCGAGAAGAGUAAACUCACCAAAUACUCUGCAACCUCCGACUAAAGCUGUGUGACUAUGAGCACCUCGGGGCUUCAGGCCACUAACCGGCAGAAUGUGAAGGAGCUCGACAGCAUGAAGGAGUCCAUCAGCGACAUCAUCAACCAGCUCCAGGAUAUCGAUCCGACCAGGCUCUCCUUCUCCCCCUUCCUGGACCUGGACACUCAGAUCUCCUUGGCGCCUGUGUCAGACAGUCCCGAGUCCUCGGUGGAGGAGCUGCACUCGUCCUCCCACUCCGUCUCCGGCUCACAGCACUCCCUUGAACCGCCACCAGCAACCAAUCAGCCAAGGAGCUCUGCUCCCUGCCACCAGCAACCCAGAGACGACCUCCCGGACGAGCCACGAACAGAUCAGACAGACGAGGGGGAGCUGGAUCAAACUCUUUCCUUUCCGAUCAUCACAGCGCACAAUUUGGAUGCCGCCGUGGAAAACUGCAUCAGCUGUCCAACCCAAGCCUCUCAGGGAGACAUUCCCAACGGCACAGACACACCGAGAUGGAGUCCAGAAUCCACCAAUCUGGACUGCUCCGUGGACGAGGGGCGACCUCUGAUAGGCCCGCCGCCAGAGAGCGUGGAGCUGACUGUGUGGAGUUCAGAGGAGCAGGCAGAGACUUGUGAAGCCACGGCGGGGGCUUCUGAUGGGGGACGAUGCUGCUGCCGCUGCUGCCAGUGUAAAUGCUGUCAGAGCGGCCGAGUUCCCGCUUUUUUCUCGGCCCUGGCCUCUCUGCUGUGUGCAGUCGGGAUCCUCUAUGCACUCUAUUUCUAUGUCCCCAUUAAACCCCCAGACUGCCCUGACGCAGCCAGCCGCGUUGUUUUCACCCUCUGCUGCUGCGUGGUGGCAGCCAUCCCCGUCCUGCUCGCGAUGCUCGUGGGUGCAGCGUGCCAGUUCUGCACAGGCUCCUUCAAUCUGCAGGAGUCGUUUCCCAGAGGACGGGCGGUUCAGCAGCUGUUUGUCACUUCGUCCUUGGAGCUGUUAUUCCUCUACGUCCUCAACCUUGUUGUCAUGGCUGCGUUGCUGCCUCAAGACCAGCUGAAGUUGGUGCCUAUAGUGGUUGCCAUGUUCAUCUUGGGAAGAUUGGUUUACUGGGUCAGCCUGAACGCGUGCAGCUCCUGGCGAGGCUUCGGCUCCGGCCUGACUAUCUUUCCACUCCUUGCCAUGGUGGCUCUCAAUCUGUUCCUCAUGUACACCCUGAAUCUCAAAGAGCCACUUUUUGGCUCUCAGGACGUCCUCUAUAAUCAGGUCACCCCCUCUUCCUGGUCAGGGGAGACAUCACAGAGCCCGAGUGGCAAACCAGACAUCCUACCCACAGACAUCCUGGACGCUCAGUGAGGAGGCGAGCUGCUCUUUCUUCUUUCAGAGGAGGAGAUCUUUCCAAAAAUAGGUCAUUCCUGUGGUCAGCAGUUCAGCACAGCAACACACGCUGCAACUAUAACCUCCAAGUCUGUGAUGGCUUAACUUGUAUUUUUGCUCCUCCUAUACGGGACUUUUUUAUGUGGAUUCAUGCUUAUUAUCUGAAAUGCAAUGCUUUCCCUGCUAGUGGCGGAGGAGGCCUUUGAACAAUGCCGUAGUCUUAAAACAUUUGUCCUUUUAAGCUAUUCCAGUGCCUAUAUUUAAUGUUCUGAAGUACUUAAAAGCUCUGCUAUAUAUGUGGCUGUAUUUGGUUUGACCUUAAACCACAAGCAAAGCAACUUCAGUUGACUUUAUUAUUAUUUCAACUGUCCACAAACUUUGUACAUGAUGAAGACAGAAUAAAAGCCAUUUGUA